AUGAGAAAAGUUAAAAAAUCGUUUUUGUUGUCAAUUCUUGUGGGGACAACUAUCGCAGGGAGAAUUUUAUCAGAUGAGGCAAAACACAACUUGCUGCAUUACUGGUGGGCGACUGGACCCGCUGAGCAUUGCAGUACUGGGCCAGAAUUACAGUACAUACCAAACAUAAAGGUCCCUUGGGAUUCGGCUCCGAAGAUGGAAACAGCUUGUCAAGGUCACGUGAAAGGCGAAAGACAUACAAUCGAAACGGAUGUCGCUUCAAUUCCAGUUCUUCAUCUUUGGGGAUCUCCUUUUGAAAUGGGCUUUGCUCGGGGAGUCUUGAUGGGUUCGGAAAUUCUGGUUUUAUUGGCAAAGACUGAGGAAUAUAUGAUGAAUUGGUACAAAGAAGAGUGUCUUGAUGAAUUUAUUUGGCUCCCGGAAACAUUUCUUCACGAAUGCGCGAAGCAAAAACUCGAUCGAGACUUCGAAGAGCUUCGGGAUCAAACAUGGGAUUAUAUCAGUGAGGACAUAAAGCUUGAACUUGACGGCAUUAGCGACGGAGUCCUGAUGCAUACCCUCCAUCAGCCGGGAUUGGAAAAGCCGGAGCUAAGAGCGAAAAUCCUCUGGAUGAACUUGCUUACUGAGCGAAGUGAAUCUCACGGAAGCAUCAUCGGAAUCUGGGGAGAUAAACUUGGAAAUGAAGGGAACGAUUUGCUGAUUGCGAGGACUCUUGAUGGCGAUUUUGAGAAUCCGUUGAGGGAAUUUCCGCAGAUAAAUGUCUACCACAGUCGCAAUAAAAAGUCCAUUCUCAGUGUUUCCUGGGCGGGAAAGCUUGGUAUGUCCUUUGGAAUCAACGAAGAUGGCAUUCUUAUUUCCUCAACGAUUGUUCAACUUCCAGACCAAUCUAUAUUUCACCCCUCUGGAGAAGCCAAACAACCCGAAGGAACACCUUUUCCGAUGCUGAUCCGAGAGGCCUUGGAGAUUUCUGCAAGUUAUGAAGAAGUUUUUGAGUUUAUGAAGAGCAAAGAGCGGACUUUGGACGCGUUUGUCGGGGUGGCAGACACGAAACAGGGAGCUAAUCAUACAAUAACGACGCUUAUCUACAGUGAUGAAGUGUUGGAAGAAUUCCACGAAAACCCAACUGAUCCGGGAGUCAUCGAGAACACAGUUUAUUUGGGGGUGGAUUGGGAAUGCCCGAAAUACAAUGAUGCCCUCUUCAAGCCGGAAGUCCAAACGGGGCUUUUGCAGUCUAUUAUUUACAGUUCAAAAGACAAUAAACUGCACAUUGCAGUAGCUCGGCCGGCUAAAAACUACUCAAAUAUCGAAGCUUACAAUCAGAUCUAUCACGAGAUUGAUGUCGACUCGCUGGUUAAUUAUUCUUUGCACUGCUUUGAAAAAUAA